UCAACUUUUGUUUCUCUUAUAUUUUUUUCAAACCAAACACAGCCAAGUCUGGCCACACUUCCCUACUCCAAACUUGGUCAUCUUCUAACUGGUCUUUCCUUCAGGAAAAUGUCGGCGGUUGUGGGGGUUCUCUCUAGCCCUCAGGGAAUUCCCUUCAAUCCUUCUCAAAUGGAGAAAGAAGAGGAGAAGAGCACCACCAGCAAUAAUGAUGAACAACAGGAAGAGCCACCUGAGAAUACUGAAGCUGAGAAACAUAACAGGAAAUUCAGCUGUUCUUCUGUGUAUUCUACGGAGAAUGAAGAUGAUUUUGAUGACGAUGGAGAUGACGACGACGAUGAUUGUAAACUGAAACCCGAUAAAGAAUUAUGUCUCGGCCCUCAGUUCUCCCUUAAGGAACAGCUAGAGAAAGACAAGGAUGAUGAGAGUCUGAGGAGAUGGAAAGAACAGCUUCUUGGAAGUGUGGAUCUCUCUGCUGUUGGAGAAAUAGAGAAUACAGAGCCAGAAGUAAAGAUUCAGAGCCUAACGAUCCGGUCGCCGGACCGGCCGGAAGUGGUCUUGCCAAUUCCAUUUACUCCCAAUGCCAAGGGCCAUGCUUUUGUCCUCAAGGACGGAAGCCGCUACAGUCUCAAGUUCUCCUUCACCGUUUCCAACAACAUUGUCUCUGGGCUCAGAUAUAGAAACACAGUGUGGAAGAGUGGACUGAGAGUGGUGAAUACAAGAAUAAUGUUGGGAACUUACAGCCCUCAGAAUGAGCCUUAUACUUUGGAAUUGGAAGAAGAGACCACCCCAUCUGGUAUGUUUGCUAGGGGUACAUAUUCUGCAAGAACCAAGUUUAUGGACGAUGAUGGAAAGUGCCAUUUGGACAUCACUUACAACUUUGAAAUCCGAAAGGAUUGGCCAUCACCCUCCUGAGCCUGAGGUUUUCUUUUCUUCUCCCCGCAAUUCAGGGUAUCUUGGGACUGCACUAAAUGACCAAUCUAGUUUCUUCCAAUCAGUUGUUGUAUCUUCUAAUCCAACCGGUGAAUUUAUAACCCGUUUCUCAAUAUUUCUUAUUCUUUUCUUUCUUCAGUAGGAUGGCUAAUUGGCUAGGUCAGUGAUGUUGGUUGAUGCAGACAGCUUUUGUAUAUGGCAAGUUCUCUUGUAUGAAAACCAGUGUAUAUUGCCUGGAAUUUAGUUAGUUUCUUUUUUUCUUCUUAUGAACAAGGAAUGGUUAGAUUUUUUGGACAAAAGUGGUCUUAAAGACUUCUGUCCUCUGUUACUAUAGAGAAUUUUUGGUAAGUUAU